UUCUAAAUUUGAAAUUCUAAAAAAACACGGUGAUAAGUCGUUUGCAGCUGCACUGUGUCAACCCAAAACGUCACACUUCCAAGUCUCAAACCCUUCAGCUCAAAGCAAACAACAAAUGGCUCCAAACCCUGUAUCACUCGCUCGUAAAACCCCUCUCCUAAACCGUUUCGUGGGUUUUUCUCGUAGACCCUCUUUGCAUUCUGGUCCUCAGUCUAGGAUUGCAGCAAACCCUGUUCAGAUAAGGGGCUUUAGAAGCUCUUCUUUGAGCCAUUGCCACUCACAUGCUCCGCAUUCUCAUUCAUAUUGCCUGAAUUCUGGCAAUGGAGUCGUGUUUAAGGACUUGGGUCGUUCUGAAAUCGGUUUUAGGCAGCUGGGUUUUGACCGGUUUCGUCUCUCCGUCGUUUCGGAUGGUGGGUCGGGUGGAACUGGUGGAUAUGGCGGUUCUGGUGAUGGAAAUUAUGGUGGCAGAGGUGAAGGAGGUGCCGGAGAUGGUGGUCGUGGUGAAAACAAUUGGUCGUUGCUCUCUUGGUAUUUGGAUCUUCUUGCAAAGUAUCCAGUGUCAACAAAAGCUCUUACGUCUGCCUUUUUAACUCUCAUUGGAGAUGUGAUCUGCCAGCUUGUGAUUGAUAAAUCUCCGGACCUGGACUUGAAAAGAACAUUCUUGUUUACUCUGUUGGGGCUGGUGUUAGUAGGUCCGACGUUGCAUUUCUGGUAUUUGUAUCUAAGCAAACUGGUAACAACGCCUGGAGCAUCAGGUGCAUUCCAGCGCCUUCUACUUGAUCAGUUUAUUUUCUCUCCUAUAUUCAUUGGAGUUUUCUUAUCAACAUUGAUGACACUGGAGGGAAAACCUUCACAAGUUGUUCCCAAGCUUCAACAGGAGUGGUUUUCUGCUGUUCUCGCUAAUUGGCAACUGUGGAUACCUUUCCAGUUUCUUAACUUUCGGUUUGUCCCACAGCAAUUCCAGGUCCUUGCUGCUAAUUCCAUUUCUUUGAUAUGGAAUGUUAUCCUCUCGUUUAAAGCUCACAAAGAGGUUCUUCAAAAAUAGGUAUGAAUGAAUGUGACAGCAGCAAAUGGAGCCUAUGCUGAUUCGAGGAUCUAUAACAAGUUCUGCUUCUUAUCUGGAGAAAUGUAUUGUGUUUAGAUGUGACACAGCUUUGAACUAUUCUUCUUUUUCUGUGUUUUGCGCAUUGGUUGCCUUAUUUUUUUGGUUUACCCUUUGUCUCUUUUCCCGUUUUCUUGUAUUUAGCUUCUAUGCAGGUGAAAUAUCAAUGGCCAAGAAGAUUUUUUGAUGAUUUUC